AGUAAAAGUAGUAAGAAUGUAGUUAACAAUGUAAACGAAAUGUAAAGUCUGCAUCAAAUAUCACUGUAAAUUGUGCGCUGUAAAAUUUUCGCAAAUAUCUUCGCAUCCUACCUCCUACCACCACCCUGCAUGGAUGUUUCUGAUUUUGACCAAACGCAAGCCAUACAUUUAGAAGAUUUUGAAGAGAGUGAUGAUGCCACAGAUGAACUAGUUCCUGAGGAAGAUAAGAAACCAGUGAGCUAUCUAAAAAUUGUCUUACAAAAAGGAUUAAGGGAGACAACAUAUCCACUAUAUGAAGGUGACAACAUUGUUGGAAGAAGUGCUGACACCUGCCAUGUAUGCAUUUCUUCCAAGUCUCUGUCCAAGGAACAUGCCUGCAUACAGAUCAUCAGCAACACUCACAUGAUUUUUGAUAAAGGAAGCAGGAACAAAACACGCAGAGGCAAACUGUACUUAAGUCCAGAGGUGCGCUAUGAGUUAAAGAAUAACGAUGAAAUAACCUUUGCUGACGUCAAGUGUCUGUACAUUGUACCCACACAGAAUGAUGAUACAGUUUCUGAGUCUGAUGAGUCAUUGGUUCUCCAGUUGGAGGCCACAGCUAGCAGUUACACUCAUGAUGAGAAACUAGAUGUCAAAGCAAAUGAGCAAGAUGUCAGCUCUCUUGGGGAGUGUUUAGUUCCACUCACACAGUCAUUCACUGUGUUGGACCAACAGAAACCAUCCCAGACCCUGGUGCUGUCUGAGUCUGAAAGUGAAGACUGUGAUGAGGUCAAGGGGAGAUCACCCAUACAUGACAGUCUACUCUCUGAUGAUAGUGAUGAAGAGAAUGACAGAGAUGAUGGAGCUGUUGGGGCAGCUACGCAGGCUUAUAAUCCUGAGGACACAGAUGACGACCUGUUUAGGGUGGAGCUACUCGGGUCAGCCACACAGUGCUAUAUUGGUGUACACCAGGGGAACGACGCAAAUGAAGUGACAGUCAACAACAACAGCACAGUCAACAACAACAGCACAGUCAACAACAACACAGAAGGUGACACACUUCACACUGCCCAGAUGCAGGAGGCAACCAAGCCUGGCAAACAUAGUCCAGCUGUCAAGGUCACACAAGAUAGUGGAGUUGAUGGGGACAGUCCAACCGAGCGGGGUCGAGAGGAUCUGGCACCUAACAGGGAGUUUUUUUCUACGUCAACAUUGGGCUGUCAACAUGACAAGCUAGAUCACACAGAUGCUAGUGCUACACUUGUCAUGUCAGAUGUCAGGGCUGAGCCUACACUUGUCAUGUCAGAUGUCAGUGAUUCACCUGACAAGACUUGUGACAAGAGAUCUGCCUCUCCAAGUCAAACAAUGGCCAGCCGGGAGAGAAAACUUGGCCCAGAUAAACUGUGUCAACCUGCUGAGACAGCAUUAUGUCAACCUACCCAGGUUUUUGAGGACGGAGGUCAAGGGUCAUCCAACAAACCUCGCCCCCAGAAGGAAUUAUGUGACCUCCCUACCCAGGUUUUUGAGGACGGAGGUCAGCCUCAAGGCAUGUCAGCUGACCACACCAUAAGUCUGCUUGAAGGACAGUCACAUGAAGUCAACACACAAGAAACAACACAAGCCUACAGAAUGGCUUCAGAUGAGCCAACACAAGCCUACAGAAUGGCUUCAGAUGAGCCAACACAAGCCUACAGAAUGGCUUCAGAUGAGCCAACACAAGCCUACAGAAUGGCUUCAGAUGAGCUCUAUGAGCAAGAGACUCAGGUGUUUGAGGAGACAAGUCAGUACCUGGACACGUGUGAUCAGAGGAAUUCAGCGAAGGGUGAGGCCACGCAGGCCUAUGAUGAUAAGGGUCAUACAGGGGAAGGUGAGGCCACGCAGGCCUAUGAUGAUGAGGGUCAUACAGGGGAAGGUGAAGCCACGCAGGCCUUUGAUGAUAAGGGUCAUACAGGGGAAGGUGAGGCCACGCAGGCCUAUGAUGAUGAGGGUCAUACAGGGGAAGGUGAGGCCAUGCAGGCCUAUGAUGAUGAGGGUCAUACAGGGGAAGGUGAAGCCACGCAGGCCUAUGAUGAUGAGGGUCAUACAGGGGAAGGUGAAGCCACGCAGGCCUUUGAUGAUAAGGGUCAUACAGGGGAAGGUGAAGCCACGCAGGCCUUUGAUGAUAAGGGUCAUACAGGGGAAGGUGAGGCCACGCAGGCCUAUGAUGAUGAGGGUCAUACAGGGGAAGGUGAAGCCACGCAGGCCUUUGAUGAUAAGGGUCAUACAGGGGAAGGUGAGGCCACGCAGGCCUAUGAUGAUGAGAGCUGUACCAAUGCUGGUAACCCCACACAAAACAAUCAGCUGGCUGAUGAGCCAGGGAAGUGUACCCAGCCUUAUGAUGGUGAGCGCCAUGUCAAUGCUGAUAAGGACAACAAACCAGCUGAACUUUUAAAGAGACCUGACCAACAAGGGGAGAACUCUGAUGAUGAUUCUGAUUUGGAAGUCAGUUCUGUUCUAAAAGUCAACGUGGAUGUGGAGCUGCCUCAGUUGUUUGAUGAAGGAAACCUGUCAUUAAAUGUCAAGGUCAGCCCAGCCGCCCCCACAGACCAACCAGUUGCAGCAGAAGAGCCUAGAUUACCUGAAGAGUUAGUCCCAGACAGCAUGCCCAACAGCAGGGGAGAUUCACCACCACUGAUAUCUAUUUUCUCAAAGAACCAAGCUUCAACUCUGAAGUCUUCUCCUUCACCCAAGCAUGUUAGUUUUUCUGAGGACAGUGACAAGAUGGCAAGCAGGAGGUCUGCAAGACAAGCUGCCACCCCACGAAUCAUUUCAAGACCACAAAGACAAAAAAAAAUAAAAAAAAGCCAAAUGAAUGUGCACCCAGAAUCUGUUGAGAAAGGUUCUAGACCCUGUACAAGGGCUGCCAAUGUUUGUGAUGGCCAGCCACUGGACACGGCCACCCCUGCCAAUGUUUGUGAUGGCCAGCCACUGGACACGGCCACCCCUGCCAAUGUUUGUGAUGGCCAGCCACUGGACACGGCCACCCCUGCACCAGAAUGUCAAGCUGCACCAGCUCGUGACACGCCUGCUCAGACUGUUGGCAGCAGACAUCAAGGGAGAGCAAGAGGAAGCCGCAAUGGUCAGACACCUGCCAGAGGUCAGACACCUGCCAGAGGUCAGACACCUGACAGAGGUCAGACACCUGCCAGAGGUCAGACACCUGACAGAGGUCAGACACCUGACAGAGGUCAGACACCUGCCAGAGGUCAGACACCUGCCAGAGGUCAGACACCUGACAGAGGUCAGACACCUGACAGAGGUCAGACACCUGACAGAGGUCAGACACCUGACAGAGGUCAGACACCUGCCAGAGGUCAGACACCUGCCAGAGGUCAGACACCUGCCAGAGGUCAGACACCUGCCAGAGGUCACACACCUGACAGAGGUCAGACACCUGACAGAGGUCAGACACCUGCCAAGAUGGGAGUUGAGGCCAGGACUGAGAAGACACGCAACACGGAGGUGCUGGACCCAGUCGGGCUUGCGUCCACUCACCCCAGGACUGGGUCACUGGGUCAGGGAGAUGUCACUGGGUCAGAGGUCAAGGAUUGCUCAGUGAAUGAGAGGAGUUCACGUGGUAGAAGAAUCACCAGAACUAGUUUGUACAAAGACUUUGAAACAGGCAGCAAGAAGGGGGCAGCUGCUAGAUCUAAACCUGACAACAGACUUCAUGUCACUGACACAAGACAUGAAGGCAUGACAUCUGGCACAGCUCACCACACAGAUGGCAUAACUCACCAGAUUGAUAACACAAAUGACAAGACAGCUAACACAAACAAGACAGAUGACACAAAUGACAAGACAGAUGACACAAAUGUCAAGACAGAUAAUACAGUUGGCAAGAACGAUGCUGUUUAUAGAAAACGCAAUAAAAAGCAAAAGAAAAUGGCAUCAGUGGAACCUGUUGCUGAUGUUGGUGGUGUGGAACCACUUGCUGAUGUUGGUGGUGUGGAACCAGUAGCUGAUGUUGGGAGGACAAGGAGUCAAGCUAGUGAGAGAGCUGCUGCUAGUCCAGUGGGUAAACAAAAGUUAUCAGCCAAAGCAGGAAGGUUAUCAAGGGCCGACUCAAGGGUUGCUGAUGCUGGGCAAACCAAGAGGUGUAAGCUUUCACACCCAACAAACCACUCACAAAACACUGGACCGGCUGACACACAGACCUCACACAAGCCUAGACGAGGCCGCCCAAAAAAAGCCAACCCCCCAACCAACUCCCCAGUCAACCCCCCAACCAACCCCCCAACCAACUCCCCAACCAACUCCCCAACCAACCCCCCAAUCAACUCCCCAGUCAACCCCCCAAUCAACCCCCCAACCAAGCCAGCAAUUGUGGAAACAACUAGACAAAAAAGAAAAGCAAGCAAAGAAAAGCCACAGGUGCCUGCCACUCCAGCUAAAAAGUCAAGGUCAUCCAGUCAGAGGUCAUCAGAAGAUGGAGAGCAGCAGAAUGUUUCCUUAAAUAGCCCAUCUUUGCGCAAGUCUCUCAUCCCUCGGGUCAUGUUUACUGGGGUCAUUGAUGAACAGGGGCAAAAGACAGUCAGAGAACUGGGCGGGGAGAUGGUGACCUGCAUCAAGGAUUGUACCCAUCUCAUUACUGAUAAGAUUCGGCGCACAGUCAAGUUUUUAAGUGGUUUGGCUAAAGGUCUGAUGAUUGUCUCCCCUCUAUGGUUAAAAAGUAGCAAACAGGCUGGAACAUUCCUAGAUGGCCAAAAGUUCCUGGUGUCUGACCCGGCCAUGGAGAAACAGUUCAAGUUCCAGCUGGCCACCUCCAUCACCAAAGCUGGUCUCAAGCCCAUGUUGUCAGGCUACAAGGUUCAUGUCACACAAUCUGUACGUCCUGACCCAACUCAGAUGCAAGAGAUUCUUGCCUGUGCAGGUGCCAAGUAUGUGAGCGCCAUGCCCCAGAAGUUUGCUGAGCACACGCUGGUCGUGUCGUGCCCUGAGGAUGUGGCCCUUUGCCAAGCUGCCAUCAAGGCUGGUCUUCCAAUUGUCGAGGCUGAAUUCAUCCUGACUGGCAUCCUCAGGCAGGAAAUCGACAUCAAAUCAUACUCUAUCUUUACUGAGAAGACCUUGACCCCCGGUAAAGGCAGGAGGAAGUAAACUAUAGUGUCAGAGUGUCAUGUCAGUGUGUGGGUGUGCUAUGUCAGUGUGUGGGUGUGCUAUGUCAGUGUGUGGGUGUGCUAUGUCAGUGUGUGGAUGUGCUAUGUCAAUGUGUGGAUGUGCUAUGUCAGUGUGUGGGUGUGCUAUGUCAGUGUGUGGAUGUGCUAUGUCAGUGUGUGGGUGUGCUAUGUCAGUGUGUGGGUGUGCUAUGUCAGUGUGUGGGUGUGCUAUGUUAGUGUGUGGGUGUGCUAUGUCAGUGUGUGGGUGUGCUAUGUCAGUGUGUGGAUGUGCUAUGUCAAUGUGUGGAUGUGCUAUGUCAGUGUGUGGGUGUGCUAUGUCAGUGUCAUGUUAAACCAUAGUUUCAAUGAAAUUUGUUACAAAGAGAAACCCGUACAAGGUUAACUACCAAUACUACCCAAUUGUUUUAAAAAGGAUAUUAUGUUAUGUACAGAAUACAUUUGCAUUGCUUCUACUUGAA